AUGGGAAGACCUCCCUGCUGUGAUAAAGCAAAUGUGAAAAGAGGCCCUUGGACGCCUGAGGAAGAUGCAAAGAUUCUUGCGUACGUAUCUCGCCAUGGUAUUGGCAACUGGACUUUGGUUCCUCAGAAAGCAGGGCUCAACAGAUGUGGGAAGAGUUGUAGGCUCAGAUGGACAAAUUAUCUGCGGCCUGACCUAAAGCAUGACAAUUUCACGCCUGAAGAAGAAGAAUGCAUUCUUGAACUUCACAGAACUAUAGGUAGCAGGUGGUCUUGGAUAGCAAAGCAGCUGCCUGGGAGAACCGACAACGAUGUGAAGAACUACUGGAACACCAAGCUGAAGAAAAAGCUCUUCAACAUGGGCAUAGAUCCAGUAACACAUAAGCCUUUCUCUCAGAUUUUUACUGAGUUUGGAAAACUUGGUAAUCUCCCGAGCACAAUAAACCAGAAUGCACUUCUUAACACUGAACCAAGAAUAAAACCAGAACCCCUUUUACUUCCUCAGAAAUUUCCAAAUGCCAACAACCUCCAAAUCAUUGAGCAUAUGGUCGGACCCUUUCUGUUCCGCGGUAUAGAACAAAAUGAAGAAGAUUACAAAAUCCGAGGGAUUUCCUCACCGGAUGAUAUUUCUUCGGCAGUGGUGCAGGAAGAGACGCCCCUGCAUGCUGCUACCAGCAUAAUUGAAAACGAAGUAAAUGACAAGGCUGGCGUGUCCUGUUAUGGGCUAAAACCUGAACCAGAAGCAAUGCGCUAUAUGGAAUCUUCUUCAUCUGCUGCUGAUUCAUUCUUGGAGUCCAUUCUGGCUAGUGACAGAGAUGCGCUGGAAUUUCCUGAGCUUUUGGAUGGAUUCUGUGAUUACUGACUCUGAAAAUUUCCUAAAAUGAAGAAGUUACUAGAAUAAAUGUUGACUUGCAGAUGACCAAGGAACUCUGAGAUUCCGUGGAAUUAGUCGAGCGAGAGGGCAAAUGUUUCAAAAGAUCGCGCAUUUCAUGCAUACUCCAAUCGAUCUCUUUUUGUAGUCUUUUCUAAUCUCUUGGAAUUUCGUGCAUUCAUUCAUCGAAACAAAGGCUGCUACAAUUUUCCCACGUAAUUAAUUCCCUUCCA